AUGGACGGAAAUAAAAAACGAGAUCAUUGGCGCAAGGAGAAGCAGAGGAAUGCGCUUCGUAAUGUCGCCAAGCAAAACCCAUCUAUGGCCCUCUCGAUGAGGAAAUUUUUGACGACGACUCCGGUGGCAUCUGGCAGCGCAGCAGACCUGAGCGAUAGUACUGGUAUCCCUCCCGAUGCGUUAGCUGCCGUUGCCGAGACAAACGAUCGAGCUGAAAAUACUGUUGCAGAAGCAAACGAACAUCUUGCAGACCUGAGCGAUAGUACUGGUAUCCCUCCCGAUGCGUUAGUUGAGGUUGCCGAGACAAACGAUCGAGCUGAAAAUACUGUUGCAGAAGCAAACGAACGAGUUGAAAAUUCCGUUGCCGAGACUAACGAUCGAGCUGAAAAUUCCGUUGCAGAAGCAAACGAACGAGUUGAAAAUUUCGUUACCGAGGCAAACGAUCGAAAUUUCUUUGCCAGAUCCGAAACCAGCAACCACGAUAAUAUCCCUGGAGAUGUCGUAAACUCUGCUGCAUCUGAAGAUGUCGAUGGUUUAAUGCAGUCUGAGAUUACUGCAAUGGAUUGCAAUACUUCCGAUGAGGACAUUGUUGAAUGUAGUGCAGCGAGCGGAUUGGUCAUUUCCACGCCACAGGAAAGACAUAAAAGGAAACUUGGGGAUGCAGUUGCAGGAGCCAAAAGGCCGAAAGGCAGUUCCAACAGCGAGGAAAAUGACAUUAUUGAGAAGCAUCCAAGUAUCGCACGCUCUGAGGAUACGAGUACGGACAUGCCUGCUUUGAUGGUGGGACAAGAGUUUACGCGAGAUGAAUCGACAACUUCAAAUGUUAAUGAUCCUAGUACUGCGGUUCCAAAAGAUCGGUAUGAAUUUAGGAUACUGGUUGAAAAGGGUCCCUAUCAACCCUUGCAACCAUCGUAUCCAUCAUCAACGAAGAGCAAAAGAUCCUUUCGGGCAGAAUGGUUCAAACAACAUAUAUGGCUGGAGUACAGUACGAGCAAAGAUGCGUGCUUCUGCUUCUACUGCAGAUUUUUCGGAAAAGAGAAUUCAGCUAAAGUUGGUCAUUCGGAUCCUGCGUUUACCGAAAGGGGAUUCAACAACUGGAAAAAGGCAACGGAAUCCUUUUCCAAACAUAAUCGGAGUGAUUUCCACAAUGGGAGCAUGCGAGCCUGGGAUAUGACGCAAAAGGUGUUGUCGAAGAACUAG